AAGAUGCUUAGCAAUAGGCAAAGGCGGAGAUGAUUAGUCUCUCCCCAAGUAUCUACGUUUUAUCUUAAUUUUUGGAUUACCAAAAUGGAUAUCAAGAUUUUUUUGAUAUUUAUGGUAAUUCUGAACGUCAUGCAGCAAAGCCCUGCUGCGUAUCGGGACCUCACGUGCGUGGAGCCCGAGCCAGGAUAUACCAAAAGAAUGUUGUAUUAUUUCACUGCAAGAGAAGUUGAGAAAGCAUGCCCAACGCAAGUUGACCUGAUCUUGAGAAUCGGAAAUGAGGUGUUCUGUACCUUUCUGUGUGGGAUUGUAUCACUGAUGUUGGCUUACACGUACGUGUAUGCGCCGUUGAUUGGAAACUGCGCCAAGAAGAGAUGGACAGUCAUGGUUUUCAUGUUCCAAGCUUGGAGAACUCGCCGUUCUCUCUGCCGUUUCUGCGGAACUUCUCCAUGUCAGGCCAAGCGAACAUCCUGGAAGCGCUUCAGACCCCGUAUCAAGAAUGUAACCGAGUUCGAGGAGCGGUCCAAUGCCAUGAGGUUGUUCAGCCUCGGACUGGAGCUGUCCGUCGACCUGACAAAAGAACUUCCCCGUGAUGAGCUGUACUGGGCUAGGAAAUACUGCGAUCAGUUCGAGGAGGACCACAUGGUUCUAUUCCCGCUGUGUAUCCAGCGUCAGAUCAAUGACUGGUACCCAGUGCCUCACUAGAUUCCUUGCAGUGUUUGGCGAAGAGAAGAAUGUCGAUAAUGGAACAGAAGUGGUCGUGGUGAUGUCAUCGAUUUGUGUGAUAACGCGCUAUUGGUUGCAUCCACGAUUUUGGCUUUUUCAUCUCUGGUCAAUGAGAAACUGUGACCUAGUGAUAUUUAUGUUGUUUUCGUAACUUUUUAUCUUGUAAAAUUUGUACUUUGCAGAGAGGAACAUUGUACGCAGAUGACCAUCCGAUUAAAACUAUUCUAGAUUGAU